AGCAUUACUGGUCCCAGAGUUACUGAUCCCCGCUGCAGCAUGGAGACCCUCGGGAGCGGCCGGCUGUCACUCAGGCUUGUGCUUUGCUGUGCCUUUUGGGGACUCUGCUUGGCCUCUUCAGACUACGAUGAUUACUCUCAAAACAGCACCAACGAGCAGGGAACAACAUCAGACAGCACACCAUGUCCCCGAGCCAUUCCCGGGGAAAAGAUGACAAUAGGCAACACCACGUACCUGGUGAUCCGCGAGGCUUCCCGCUCCCAGCUGAGAAGUGUGGUCACGGUGCAGCUCAUCCCCUGCCUCUACACCCUGGUCUUCCUGGUGGGGCUGCCCUCCAACGGGCUGGCCCUCUGGGUGCUGGCCACCAGGGCCGAGAAGCUGACCUCCACCGUCUUUCUGAUGAACCUGGCUGCGGCAGACCUGCUGCUCGUCCUGGUGCUGCCCUUCAAGAUUUUCUACUAUUUCCUGGGGAACAACUGGCCCUUUGGCGAAGGCCUGUGCCGGCUCACCACCGCUUUCUUCUAUGGCAACAUGUACUGCUCAGUGCUGCUGCUCACGUGUAUCAGUGUGGACCGGUACCUGGCUGUGGUGCAUCCUUUCUUCUCGCGCUCUUUCCGCACCCCUGCCUUUGCUGCCUGCAUCUGUACUGUCAUCUGGCUCUGUGCUGCCAUCCUCACCCUGCCCCUGACGCUGCAGCAGCAGUCGUAUCCCCUGUACAGGGCAGACAUCACCCUGUGCCAUGAUGUUCUCCCCAGACACGAGGAUGACGGGUAUUACUUCUACUACUUCCUCUGCCUGAUCAUCUGUGCUUUCCUCGCUCCUCUGGUGGUGACGCUGUUCAGCUACUGUGCGGUACUGCGAGCCCUCCUGUGCAGCGGGAAGCGGUACUCCUACUCUGUGAAGCUCACUGCUCUCGUGCUGUUCACACUCGUGGCCUUCUAUACACCCAGCAAUAUUCUCCUUCUUGUUCACUACUCCAGCUAUUGCUCCAAGUUGCAUGGCGACCUGUAUAUCAGCUACAUGGUGAGCCUGGCCAUCAGCACCUUUAACAGCUGUGCUGACCCCUUUGUCUACUACUAUGUUUCUGAAGACUUCCGGGAUAAGGUGAGGAGAAGAUUCUUCAAUCACAGCAAGCAAACCACCACAUCCCUAAAAACAUCCAAAGAAACACUCCCUCGAAAAAGUUCCAAAGAUUUACUGGUGUGAAGCCUCCAUCUCAGCUCCCCGCUCCCAAGGCACUCACAGAAUAUGCUGGGGUGAGCCAAAGACAACGCUGAGACUCCACAAAUUCCAUCCAGAGGAGAGAGCAAGGUUUUCCAGGAGACAAGUCCUUGUAAGGAAGACACAGGUUCUUCCAUCUGCAUGGCUAAGACUGAAUUAACUCGGGCCAUGGGCUUUCCUGGGAGGUAUGGAGUCCAGAGAAGAUGUGGCAUGCUGAACACAUACAGAUCUGUUACUGGGACGCUGUAUGCAACUUUUCAUCUGCUCACACGCUGCCAGGGGCACUCUUUCCAAUGUAGCUAGGUCUGGUUUUCCUAAUGCAUCUUACAACCUGGUUGCUAUGUGUGUUCUAUUUCUUUCUCUGCUAUUGCCUUGCUUGCUGUCCUUGCACAUACACUUCACCUGAGCUGAAAAAGAACAGAUACUUGCAAAAUCAAAUUUCUAAACAUUUCAAAAGUACAAGGAGAUGCCUGUGUGAAAUACACUCUCCUGAGCUAAAAUAUUCUGCCAGGAGUGCAGAACACUGGCUUCUCUAGCACUUACAUUCUUGGCUUGACUAGUCAUUAACACCAUGGUAAUGUCAUGUCAGCCUAUUGUUGGUAAGGAAUGUAAAAGUCACGUUCAUUCAUUUCCAUUUUUGCAGAUUACCUUUAGCAUCUAUAAUUACUCUGAAACAAAGACUAUGUUAAUGAAAAAAGGUUUUUAUGUCUCUUGAAAUAUUAAAGAAGGAAUAUAGGAAACACUCACUCUGGAACUC